AAAAUGAUCUAAUCUUUCUUUCCCAAAAGAAGGUAAAGUAAAAUAAAGCUUUGAGGAUGGAAGUGGUACUCUAAUAGCAACAACCGGAAGCAAAGAAUCUCAGUCCAGUUUUCUCUUCUUCAAUGAGCUUCACAUAAGCUUGGAAUCUCAUGCCCUGUCUUGGAAGUGGAAUAAUAGCAACAACUGGCUGCUUCGUGUUAUACACUUCGUGCCCAAAUCGAGCCGCCGCAAUCGCACCCCGCCUCCCUCCGGCCACCCCGCCGCCAUCUCCCACCUUCGGCCGCCCCGCCUCCAUCUCCCACCUCCGGCCGCCCCGCAGAACGCCGCCGCCCCCACCUCCCGCCGUCCCGCACGUCCGCGUCGCCCGGCGUCGUUCCCGGCCGCCUUCCCCAACCUCCCGCCGUCCCGCACGUCCCCGUCGCCCGGCGUCGUUCUCCACGCGCCGCCCGGCCUCCCUCCAUGCCCCGCAACCGGGAAUCCAGCAAAGUCAACUUGCACACGCGUUCUUCCAGCUAAGCGAGCUCAUCCUUCUAAUCCAUCAUCCUUAGUUUCUGUAUCUUCUUGCGCCUAGCAUUUGCACUACUGCCUCCCACCAUCACAGCCGAUACACACCAAGCAACCACACCGAGCUCGCCAAUGGAGGCGACUGCGCUGAGCGUCGGCAAGUCCGUGCUGAAUGGAGCGCUUAGCUACGCCAAUUCCGCUCUGGCUGAGGAGGUGGCUUUGCAGCUCGGUGUCCGCCGUGACCACUUGUUCAUCACCAACGAGCUUGAGAUGAUGCAGGCUUUCUUAGAGUCUGCUCAUGACGAGGGAGACGACAUCAACAGGGUGGUGAAGGUAUGGGUGAAGCAAGUUCGAGAUGUGGCGUACGAUGUGGAGGACACCCUCCAGGAAUUUUCCGUUCGUUUGGAGAAGAAGUCCUGGUGGCGUAUCCGUCGCACGCUGCUUGAUCGGCGCCGUGUGGCCAAGCAGAUGAAGGAGCUUAGAGCCAAUGUUGAGGAUGUCAGCCAGAGGAACAUGCGCUACAACCUCAUCAAGGGUUCUGACUCAAAGCCUGCAACCACCGGUGGGCAAUCUGCCAUCGCCGGUGCCACCAUGAUGUCUGGCAACGAUGAAGCAAGGCGGCAGCUGGAAAAAGCAAAAGAUGAUCUCUUUCACCUGAUUAGGAAGAGGGACGACGAUCUUAGAGUGAUCGCGGUUUGGGGAACAAGUAGUAACCUAAGGCGGACAUCCAUCAUAGAAAGAGUCUUUGCAGAUCUGAAGAAACACAGUGUUUUUGAUUGCCAUGCCUGGAUUACGUUGACACAUCCUUUCAAUUCAACGGAGUUCCUAAGAAGCAUUAUCAGGCAGUUCUAUGUUAAUUUUCUUCAAGAGUCCGACAAAAAGGAAAAGAUAUUUGGGGGUCCUCAAGAUCUGAGAAGGAUGGGGAUGAAGAAGGGAAAUGAUUUGGUUGACGAGUUCAAGAGAUAUGUGAACGAGAAGAGUUUCCUGAUUGUGCUUGAUGACGUAUCCACCAUUGAAGAGUGGGAUUGCAUUAAAACAUGUUUUCCGAAUAACAAGAAAGGAAGCCGAAUAAUAGUUUCCACAGAGCUGGUUGAAGUUGCAAGCUUAUGCGUUGGACCAGAAAACAUCACACCAGAGCACAAGCAGUUGUCUGUUGAUUUAACUUUGUACGCUUUCUACGAGAAGGGUUCUCUAGAUGGCACAGAAUCAACAGAGGCUGGGUCUAGCUCAAAUGUGGGAACUCAUGUGAGUGACAGCUCUGACAAUAGGAAGAUGCUCAAUCGUAGAGAGACAAUGCUAGCAGCUUUAAAGGAAUCUCGGCUCAUUGGGCGAGAGACAGAAAAGGCAGAAAUUGUUAAACUAAUUACAACUGAAGAUAGCCAACUUGAUGUGAUCUCCGUGUGGGGAAUGGGUGGUCUUGGAAAAACCACACUAGUGAGAGAUGUCUACCAAGAUGAAAUACUCAGUGGGAAGUUUGAGAAGCGUGCUUGUGCCACAAUUAUGCGCCCUUUCAAUGUUAACGAGCUCCUCCAGAACUUAGCUUUGCAGUUUGGCUAUAAGGAUGUCCCAGAAAUGAACAAAGAAUUACCAGGAAAGAAAUAUUUGAUUGUUCUUGAUGAUAUAUCAUCCAAUGCAGAAUGGGAUGCUAUAAUACAACACUUUCAUGCAACAGAGACAUCAUGCCGGAUAAUAGUCACCACAAGGGUAAAAGAUAUUGCCACACAUUGUUCGAAGAAGCAUGAAAAAAUUUACAGACUCCAAAGUCUGGAAGACACCAACGCACUUGACCUAUUCGCCAAAAAGAUAUUUGGCAAGGCUACCAAUAUGGAUGAGGAGUAUCCUGAGUUGGUUGAACAUGCAAAUCUGAUCCUAAAGAAAUGCAAUGGACUCCCACUUGCAAUAGUCACCAUUGGGGGCUUUUUGGCAAACCAACCAAAAACCGUUAUGGAAUGGAGGAAAUUGAAUGAGCAUAUCCGGGCCGAGUUGGUGAUGAAUCCAGAGAUUGGUACAAUAAGAACCAUUCUUAUGAGAAGCUACGAUGGUUUACCCUAUUACCUCAAGUCUUGUUUCCUGUAUAUGCCCAUCUUUCCCGAGGACUACUUGGUUGGACGGAAACGCUUGGUGCGUCGCUGGUCUGCAGAGGGCUAUUCAAGGGAGGUUCAAGGCAAAUCCAUGGAGGAAAUAGCAGAUGGUUACUUCAUGGAACUUAUAAGCAGGAGCAUGAUUUUACCAUCUGAAAGCUCAAUCCACAGUACAAAAGGGAUCAAUUCCUGCCAAGUGCAUGAUCUCAUGCGUGAUAUCGGUAUCUCAAAAUCAAUGGAAGAAAAUCUUGUUUUUGCACUGGAGGAAGGCUGCAGCUCAAACAUCCAAGGCACCAUGCGCCACCUUGCUAUAAAUGGCAAUUGGAAAGGAGAUCAGAGUGAAUUCGAGGGCAUAGUGGACAUGGCCCGUGUAAGAUCAGUAACAGUUUUUGGCGAGUGGAAGUCAUUUUUCAUUUCUGACAAGAUGAGUCUACUGCGGGUGCUAGACCUAGAAGACACAACUGGUCUACGUGAUCAUCACCUAAAGCAUAUUGGGAAGUUUCUUCACCUAAGAUAUCUUUCUCUAAGAGGAUGUCAUGCUAUUUAUCACCUGCCAGAUUCAUUGGGUAACUUGAGAGAACUCGUGACGCUAGAUGUCCGAGGUACGAGAAUAAUCGAGCUGCCGAGGAGUAUUGUCAAUCUCCAGAAGCUAAGCUAUCUUCGUUCUGGUAGGAAACCAACUAAAAAGUAUGGCUCAUAUGAAGGCACUUUUGAAGACUCUCCAAAGUUUCGUGACAACCAACCAUGCAUUAUGUUUGUUCCGACGGGAGUUCCUUGUUGUUGGAGGAGUCUUGCAGCUGAGAUGCUUUAUGAUGACAAUGACCUUGAUGACAAUGACCUUAAUUUCCAUGAUGCAUGCACUGCUUUUUGCUGCCAUUUGGUCCCUUUUAUUGCGAUGCGCCUGGAUUUGCAUGGUGUUCUUGUGCAAAGUGGGAUGAGGAAGCUGAAAGCCCUACACACAUUGGGUGUUGUGAACAUCGCAAUGCGGGGUAAGGAUGUUCUAAAGGACAUAAAAGGGCUCAUUCAUUUGCGCAAGUUAGGAGUGACUGGCGUCAAAAAGGAAAACGGACAAGAGUUGUGUUUGGCAAUUGUUGGUCUGAGCCGGCUGGAGUCAUUGUCAAUACGGUCAGAGGGGGAGCCUGGUUUAUCUAGCUGCUUGGAUGGAGAGUUCUCAUUUCCGAAAAACCUGCAGAGCCUCAAGCUGUAUGGUAAGCUGGUCAAACUACCGGAAUGGAUCAAGGGGCUAAGGAAUCUGGUAAAGCUGAAGCUGCGGAGCUGUAGAAUAUCAGAGCAUGAUGAAGCCAUAGAGGUCCUUGGGGAUCUACCAAACCUGGCAUGCCUGCAUCUGUUGAAGAAGUCGUUCGAGCAGAGUAAUGCUUGUCUCACAUUCCGUCCACACAUGUUCCGGAACCUGGUGGUGCUGGAACUUGAUUCGCUCUUGAUCGACCAGGAGGCUGGAAAUAAGUUUCUUUUUUUGAAGUUUGAACGAGGAGCAACCCCUAAGCUAGAGCUGCUCAAGUUCCGUCGGGCACACAUCAAUAGUCUGACACUCUCGGGGCUACCAUCUCUGGCAAGCCUGAAGGAGGUUCUGCUCCAAGGUGGCUACACUAACAACGAAUUGGUGUACCUGAGGGCCAAGCUUGAAGAAAAUCCAAAUCGACCAGUCAUAAAGAGGGUGUGAUCGAGAUCAUGGAGGUUCACUGCGCCCAACAAUCCAAGCUGGUGGAUCACUUGUCAUGAAGCCGCAUGGUACACCUGAUUGUGUAUAGUAGUUCGAUCGGUGUCCUGAUAAUUAGCAGGACACACCAUGUCCUUGACCAAUGUAACAUACUUAAUUCUUUCUUGGUUCAUCCGGGUGGGGAUCUCAACUCAGUUGGUGUCUCGUUUUGUGUACGUGCUCCAUCUGAAUCGCUAAUUAGUAUUGCUGUCAUGAUGAAAAGUUGAAAACACAUCGAGUAUGUCUCGGUGCACUUGUUGUCUGUUC